AGCCGGGUAUGAAUCCAGGCUGGUGCCCACAGCUAGGUCCUAAUCAGGGGGCCAUAGGGGACAGCUCCAGCCCCGCAGCCCUCCCCGAGCACAUACCGGGAAUUCGUUCGCGCCUCCUUAAGUGGGGAGGCGGCGGGGAAGCUCCGGCGUGGCUCCGCCCUGGGGGUUGCCUUUCCCUUAGAAGGCGAAGCCCCAAGCCUCGCCUCCCGCGGGCGGAGAGUCGGGCUGCGCACCCCUCGCCUCCGACUUCGCCGCGGGAGCUCCAGGAGCGCGCGAGGCCACGCGCAUUCCGCGCUCCAGCCGGGCUCAGGAGCGGACGCGGCGGGCGCCAGGGCAGGCGCGCGUUCUCGCGGGUUUGAAUGGAGGGAUCGAGACCGGCAGAGACGGCGACGAGCAGAUCUUGAAGCCAGAGCUCCUCCCCGGCCCCCGUGCCCGCGACAUGCGGCGGGAGAGGUGCGGCUCCCCCCGCCCGCGUCCCCGCCAUGGAGGUGCUGCGGCGCUCCUCGGUUUUCGCCGCGGAGAUCAUGGAUGCUUUUGACCGCUCGCCCACCGAGAAGGAGCUGGUAGCCCAGGCCAAGGCGCUCGGCCGGGAGUUCGUGCACGCGCGGCUGCUGCGCGCCGGCCUCGCCUGGAACGCGCCCGAGCGCGCCGCGUCGGCCCGGGGCGGCCGCCUGGCUGAGGUGUGCGCGGUGCUGCUGCGCCUGGGGGACGAGUUGGAGCUGAUUCGGCCCAGUGUGUACCGCAACGUGGCGCGCCAGCUGAACAUCUCUGUGCAUUCCGAGAGCGUGGUGACCGACGCCCUGCUGGCCGUGGCCGCCCAGAUCUUCUGCGCAGGCAUCACGUGGGGCAAGGUGGUGUCCCUGUACUUGGUGGCUGCGGGGCUGGCGGUGGACUGUGUGCGGCAGGCUCAGCCUGCCAUGGUCCACGCACUCGUCGACUGCCUCGGGGAGUUUGUGCGCAAGAGCCUGGCGACCUGGCUGCGGAGGCGUGGUGGAUGGACCGACGUCCUCAAAUGCGUGGUCAGCACCGACCCUGGCUUCCGCUCCCAUUGGCUCGUGGCCGCACUCUGCAGCUUCGGCCGCUUCCUGAAGGCUGCCUUCUUCGUGCUGUUGCCGGAGCGAUGAGCUGGCUUGGGCAGAGAAAGCAGCCUGGGCCUGGACCGAGGAGGCCCUUGGCCGAAGGCUUCGCUCUCCUCCCCACCCACCCCUCCUCUGAAGCCCCAGGCCCUCUGGACAUGGAGCACAGGGGCAGCCCUGGGCCCAGAGCUGGCCUUUGGUGCUGACCUGUGGCCCUUCCCCUUGCUCCCCUUCUCCUGGAGCCAGAAAGUCAGGGUCGCCUCCCAGGCCCUACAGGAAGAGAGCUGGGAACUCCAAGCUCUUCCUUGACGCCAGGGCUCCACCCCUGAAGGGUGACCAUGUCAGGACAGCAGCCUGAAGGCGGCUCGGGCCUGGCCACGGCUGGAGGAACGGAGGGUCUUGCUGACCCCACAAAUGAGGCUCAAAUGCUGUUAAUUACUCCGUUUGUGGAGGGAGAGGGUCCCCACCUGUGGGUGGGUCCUUGUGUGGCAAGAACCAGGGGUGUGGAGCUCCAGGUGGAACAGCUGACCGAGGACGGGGUGUAUGUUUGAUUCCUCGUGUCACGGCGGUGAUGGGCGACCUCACCAGCGUUCCUUGUGCCCAGGGACCGGGCAGGAGGCAGGUGACGCCCAUGUGAUAAAACGUGAAGCCCAGUGACCGCAGCGUCUCCCCUCAUUGCACUGCCUUCUGCUCCCGUGGGCCAGGAGCGCAUGCACACACACGAGCCAACGGCAGGGUCAGCAGCCUGCUGCCCACGGCCCCCGGCCCUCCACCUGGCCAGCACAGCCCCUCAG